GAACAGCUGGCAGCUGUUUGCUUUUUUGAUAUUUACACCGAUAGCGCCAAUCCAACGUCCGAGUGAUUCAUCAUCAGGAAAACCCAUCACAACAUCAUCAGAAAUCGAGGAGCUACGUCUAAAUUCGCACAAAAUUCGAAAAUGUUUAACAAUCUGUUCGGAAAGAAGCCCACCGUGAAGGAGCAACAGCGAGAGAAUGACCGAUCGCUGCGCAAGGCUACAAGAGACAUCGAGCGAGAACGAAGAAAAAUGGAAGAGGAGGAGCGCAAGCUGGAGCUGGAAAUCCGGAAAAAUGCUGCUGCUGGAAACAAUGAUGCUUGUCGUAUUCUGGCUAAGCAACUAGUUGAGAUCAGAAAACAGAAGUCGCGUACCUACGCAGCUACAGGAAAAAUCCAAUCCAUUGGCUACCAGAACAAGAACAUGGGCGCCAAUAUCGCUCUGAGCGAAGCCAUGGGUACCACUGCCAAAACGAUGGGUGCAAUGAACAAGGUCAUGCGACCGGAGGCCAUUGGGGAAACAGUUCGCCAGUUCCAGGCGGCUAACAUGAAGAUGGAAAUGACCGACGAGAUGAUAAACGAUACACUGGACGACAUGCUGAACGAGUCCGGCGAUGAAGAGGAGUCUAAUGCAGUGGUCAACAAGGUGCUCGACGAGAUCGGCAUCGAAAUUUCUGGCAAGAUGUCCAGCAUCCCGGCCACGGGUACCUCAGAUUUCGAAACGAGCGGCAAGCGCACCGAGAAGGACAUUGCAGAUCAGUUGGCCAAGCUACGCUCUUCUUAGUCCUUAAACAUAUGCUAUUUUAUAUUAUAAUUACUGUGAACACAGCUGUUAUCCAUAGCCAGUAAGGAAAUAUAUUUAUGUACACCGCUUA